CACUGGCCGAACUGUGUCGAAGGUGGCGUCAUAUGUUUCGCUCGCUCGCUCGUUCGCUCUUCUCUCUCGCUGUCUGUGAAGGAAGAAGGAAGAGCAAUGGCGACGCUGUUUCGCCGCGCGCUCGCACUGCACACAGGAGCCACAACACACACCAUCUUGACUCUGAUACUGCUGGGAAGAAGCUAUUGAAGGGUUCAGAGGUGAUCACACGCAAUAAAGCAGAUAUGCUUUUGUAUGGUCACGUCCCAACCCAUGAGGAUUUCAAACCCGUCGUUUGCGAUGCCUGCAACAAAGUCGUUAAGCCUCAGGACGUCCUGACUCAUUACGGUAGUUGGGGAAUAGUUGAACAGUGAGUAGAGAGGAGUGUGUUCACCUCGAGCCCUCCAGAGUCAUGCAUAGCAAGAACCAGAGGAGACACUGCUCGCCCAGCAGCUCCAGGACCCCUCUGGUUCCUGUCAAGGCCAAGAUGUCGGUGGGCCAGAGCGAGGUGGAGCCCCUUCCCUUCAGGGUUCCUCGUGAUUAUCCUCACUCACGCUUCAGCAAGGCACCGCUAGCUGUCUAUCCACCCAAAGGAGCCCGGGCCAAGGCCUGCGUGUCUUUACCUGUGGUGAGUCUGGAGAAGAUGCCGUGUUUCAACCGAUCGGAGGGAGCGCACAUCAAAGUCACCUCCACGUCUCCCACGGCGGGGUCUUCUCUUUCUUUCUCCUCCACGUCUUCCUCUCCAUCUUCCGCUCCUCUCAAGUCCUCCUUGACAUCACCAGCAUCUCACAAGAACCAGGAGAAGUUCUUGAACGGUCGCGGUCCUGUGACGCCUCGCUCCACCACGCCCCCCUCGUUGAUUGACAGGCGGCCCAGCCCGUCACGGUCGCCCUUGGAGAAACGCCCCGCCCCCUCGCCGUCCCCACAGGACAGGAGACCCGCAGCCUCCACUUCUCCAUCCCUAUUGGACCGGAGACCUAUAGUCCCUCCUUCUCCACCAGACAAGAAGCAUCAGAACGGAGCCAAAGGCGGGCGACAACGGAGAGUGUCGGGGAGAGUGUUUGAUCCGAAUAAACACUGUGGGGUUUUGGACCCAGAGACAAAGCGGCCUUGCACUCGAUCUUUAACCUGCAAGACUCACUCUCUAACCCAUCGGCGAGCCGUCCCGGGACGGUGGAAAAACUUCGACAUCCUUCUAGCGGAGCAUAAGGGACGGCCGAAGGAGACGGGGCAAAAAAAGGAUGUUCAAGCAGGCAGCCAAUCAGUGCAGGUCACACAGUCACAUGACUCCGCAACCAGCCUAUCCACAAGCUGUACAAAUGCUAAGACCACGCCCACUCUUAAACCGCAGCUGGCCAAUUCACACUUACACAGAGCGUUUGGCGGCAGCAGUGCAGUCGUGUUCAGCUCUGCGCCUGUUCCUCCUCCUGAACCUGUGCUCGGCUGGCAGCAGUGCAGCGGAGACACACGUCUGUCCAGCGAUGAAGGAGAGACCGACCUCCCUGAGGAGUCUGAGAAGAUGCUGUGCCACUAUUCUCCACAGCACCCGCGUCCCAUGAGUUGCUGUGCGUUCAGCAGUCGGUUGAUGGGACGGGGGCACUACGUGUUCGACCGGCGGUGGGACCGGGUUCGGCUGGCGCUCCACUGCAUGGUGGAAAAACACGUAAACUCUCUCAUGUGGAGGAAAGUCCCCCUAGCGGUGGAGAGUAUGACUAGCCCGACUGAAGUUUCUCCCCUCGGCUCUCCGUUCGUCCCCAACCACGCACUCGCGGCUCCUCUGGACGGCGUCUCCAUGGUCUCGUACUCCACCUCUUUCUCUCAUAACGGCUCUGGGGUUUUCUGCAUCCGGGACCCCGGUCCCAGACCGCAGCGGAAUAAACCGGCCAAGCCGUCUAAAGCCUCAGGGGACGGAGCGGGACCUAAAAAGCGGAAAGCACCUCCGGCCUCUGAGUCACGAAAGAGCGGGAGCAGCGGGAACAGCUACCAUCUGCCAUCUGCGCACAUCAGUAACGGGACCGCGGCCCUCAGUGUGCGGGCCAAGCCACGGCCAGGGGCCCCGGGGCCGAGGGAGCAGGAUAGGUAUGGGAGCAUGGAGCUGUCCCUCCCGCAGGCGCUCACCGGGGAUCACGGGGGCGUCUCGUCCCACAGUCCACUGCCCUACGGAUCCUCCGAUGGGAGGAAGAGAAAGAGCUCUGGAUCGAGCACCAGCAGAAGCACCAAAUCCACAGCACUGGACGGGAUCUUCAGGAAGAGCAGCAGCGGUUUGCUGUCGUCUGUCGCCGAGUCGCCCCACAGCGCCCUCCACAGACAGCCUAAGGUCCCUCACUGAUGCAGUGUGAGUUUGAGAAGAGCUUGGGACGUCCUGUGAGGUCCUGCCUUGAUCCCACCACUGCCUCUACGGUUGAGUCGCGUCCUCCUUUCCUACAGCUUCUUCCAUUCAGUUCCCAUUAGGAAUAAAUGCUUCAUCUGCCAGUUUAUCAAAGAAUGAUUUCUCACGUUUCCUCUCAUGCAGAUUCAGAUUUUGAUUUGACCAGUACACAACACAUUUCAGACAUUCAGCGAUAUGGAGUUUUCUUUUUUUCUUUUGACGUAGAUGGGGACAACAUGAAGGAAAACCCUUCAGACUCAACCGUGUCGAUCUAAAGUGCACUUAAUUUCAAGUCUGAGGAGGGGAAAAAACGUUUCAAACAAGGGAAUAUUUUACAGACGCUUUUUCAGCAAGCUGUAUUUUUCUAAAUUGGAUGAAUUCAGGUUAUUGAGUUUUCGUUUUUGACACACAAG